GUUUUUACAGGUAAAAGGUAAUUCUCUUUUGAAUAGCUUCACUAAUUGCCUUCCACAAAUAUUAAAUAAAUACUAUACAUAUAAAAACAGUAAUCCUACCCGUUUUAAAACGGAUCAACUUUUUGACAAUUGAAUGUAUUACACAAACGAGGCUUACUCGUAUCUCCGUAGCGACGUACGAAUUAUCAUGUGACCAACUGUGAAACUCAACAUGCGAAAAGUUUAGAUAUGAAAAUGGUGAUAAUUUGAAAAAAAUGUAAAAAUCUGGAUAUAUAUGUUAACUUUUACAGAUUUGUGACUUAGGGUCUCGUGUAAAUAUACUUCAAAAUGUCUACAACAACACUGCCAAAAAUAUCACCAAUAAGUACGCCAGUUCCAACAAAAUGUCCUCGGACUUUAUCAGCAUCACUAUCUACCAAUUCAUUCGGACCUUAUCCUCCAAGAGAACUCUCAACCUCUAUGGAACUUGUGCGUAUACCACAGAGGAUUAAUCCAUUGUCACCUCCUCCUCCUAAGAAGAGGAUAAACAUGGCUUGGGAAACAGUAGACCAACAUUGGCACAAUGAGGCACGAAGGAUUAUGAUGCAACAGAGAGAGCAUCAGAGAUAUCACUCAGCGUGGUCAAAACCUUUUUAUGGCCAACCUGCAGAGAAGGAACAAUAUAGGAAGCAUUUUAGAGAAACACUAAAACAGCAAAUGCAAGAUAAAGACUUUCAAAAAAAUAAAUUUAACAGAGAGAAAACACAGGAGAGUGCUAUGUCUAUAGCUUAUGAUAACAAGUGUAGAAAGGAGGACGUAGACAAAUAUAUCAACAAACACAUGUAUUUACAACAAUACAGAAAUCAAAAUAAAACGUUUAUGGAAGAUCAUUGGGAAACGAGAAAGCAAAACAAAUUCUUAGAAGACCGGAUAGACAGAGAGAAACUACGCUACAAUCCUAUUAACUGGAGUUGUUCCCUCAAAUAAUUUCUCAUAACUUUCUGUGAUUAUUCUGUUAUGAUAUGUGACAAGUAUGACUUAAAUUGCCAAUAAAGAGAAAUUCUCUAUCUUACACCUCCCUUCUGUCUAAAAAUAUUUGUCCCCGUAUAAUUUAUUUAUACUGUAAUAUGUAUAGCUUUUGUAUAAUUUAUGCAUGAGGCAAAUAAAGAUUCAACAUGGAUUGGGGUGCAACAAAUCAGUUUGUACAAAGUUAGAAAAGAAAAAAAAAAUUAUUACUGAUAUUUUCUCUUCUUUUUUGAAAUUUUGAUAAGAGAGUAUCUAGGUACUUUCUGAUCUUUCCUGUACUUUUAAAAACUUUUAUUGCCGAGAUGGUGCUGUCAAAAAUGUGCUUAUAUUUUGAAACACGUAGCUGAAUUGUGAAUUUAGAUCAUCGUAGGGUAUGAGCAAAUUUUAUUAUUUAUGAAAUUAUUGUUAUAGAUAUUUAUCAAAAUACAGUACUAAUUGAUGAUGCAAAAUGAAAGGUUUCUAUAAAGUCUCACAAAUAAGGAAUAACAUACAGUAAUAACAAACAUUAGUAAAAUGUGACAUUUCCCUUAUUUGGAUACACAGAUAUAAAACAAAUGCAUGUUACUCUCUUAGAUUACUUUGAGUCAAAAUGCGUGUUACCCUCUUGGAAGAGUUUGAGUAAAAAUGCAUGUUUACUUUUGGAAUACUUUGAAGAAUAAUGCAGUUUACCCUCAAUGAUUUUUUUUAACAAAAAUGCGUUACCCUUAAUUGUUGAAUACUUUGAGUAUUUUAUUUUUCUUAUGUCUUUCCAAGGAUUUGUAUAGUUAGUCUAACUAUACAAAUCCUUGGUCUUUCUGAAUCAACCGGUUUAUUGUGUUAUUGGCUAAAACACCAACACAUAUUCAGUUUCUAUAAUAGUACAUAUACAAUGUAACACGGAACUGUGGACUUUUGGUUUAACCCCUUGGUCUAUAUGUAUACAUGCAUGAAUGUUCACCUGAUCCACGGUUUAUUUGUGGAGUUUGUUUUGUUUGCUCAAUAAAUCAUUUGUUUGUGAAAAUAUUUUUUUUAUUAAUAUUAUAUUUUUUUUAUUAUUGUUUAGCAAAGGCAAUAAUAAUCAUAGUAAUCUAUUUGAAAACAGUAUUAUUCCUUCUUCUCUGCAAUAUAUUUGUUAGAAAUACAUUUUGUAAUCUAUUGUAUUUAUUUUCUUAUUAAUGUUCCAUUUAAAUGUGUAGCUUUCACUAGAUAUUAGAGAAUUUAGAAAAGUGGCAAUUUAAGCGACUUUUCCUCAUUUUUUGUGAGUUUCGUACUUUGUGUUUGAGUUUCGUGCAGCAUACAGUUUGAGCUUUUUGAAGGAUGGUUAUAGUUUUUCUAAGAAUUAUUCCAUUAAGAACUUUUACAGAUUUUGUUUAAACACAGCCGUCGUAUUUUGUAAAAAAAAAGUAUUACAAAAUAUUCAAUUAACGGAAACUAUUUAUUUUCUAUCAGAAUAAAUUCGAAUUGGAUAUCAAACUGGACGAAGAAACUCAUAAUUUUCUAUAGAUGUUGGAAUGAACUAAACUGAAAACUAUCCUUUUUAAAUAUUUGUGCUUUUAAAAAAAAGGUUAUAGGAAACGCAUGUAAACAUUAUUAAAAUUAUAGCUUAUUUAAAGAAGAAUCAAAGUACAUUCUAGUUAAGCGUUUUUAUUUUUUACGGCUGAAUUUAGGAUGUAAAGACAGAAAGAAACUAAGAUGCUGAAAAAAAUUUCUUGCCGUAAAUGGCUCUUUAACAUAAAUAGAGUCUUUUCUUUUUAUUAUCUGAAAUACUGCCGUUUGGUAAAGCAAAUAGAACUAAAAAAGAAUUACUGUACAGUAACAAUUUGACUGACUUUGUGAUAGUUCGUCUUUUUGUUGACCAAAUUGUUUUAGCAUAGAUUUUUGUUAAUGAUGUUAAAUUUUAUUACAUCAAACUUUUAAUAUCUGUGAUAUAUUUUAUUGACAAAAUAAACUUUUAAAUAUUAA